GUUAAUCACAUUUUACAGAGAGAAGAUGAUUGAUUGAAACGGUUAAGUCUUGUCUGAGAGUCUGCAUGUGAUCUCGUUUUGUUUUGGAAUUGAUUUUAAAUUUCAGGAAGCUGAAUAAGGAAGUUUGUUAAUUUAAAUACAUGCUUAUAAAUAAUGUUAAAAUAAUAUUUAGGAUCAUUUGUAGCAGUUAGAGCAUUACGGGAAAUUACCGUCCGGAUCCAUUUGUUCAGGGUGGCAACAAAUACAGUACUCUGAGAUUACAAGACAGCAUUUAUUCUCCAUAAUAUCAUUUGGGAAGCCCUGAGCAACUGAGUACACAAUCAUGGGAGAUUGGGGAUUCCUCUCAGCUUUACUGGACAAAGUACAGUCCCACUCCACCGUCAUCGGCAAGAUCUGGAUGAGCAUCCUCUUCAUCUUCAGGAUCCUGGUGCUGGGAGCAGGAGCGGAGAACGUGUGGGGUGAUGAGCGAUCCAACUUAGUGUGCAACACCAACACGCCUGGUUGCGAAAGCUUGUGCUACGACUGGAAGUUCCCCAUCUCUCACAUUCGCUUCUGGGUCAUGCAGAUCAUUUUCGUUUCCACUCCAACUUUGGUGUAUCUGGGCCACGUGGUGCACGUCAUCCACCAGGAGAAAAAACUGAGAGAGGAGCAGAAAAGAAACCCGAUGUCAAAGUCUCCAAAAUAUACGAAUGAAAAAGGGAAGGUUGAAAUCAAAGGAAGCAUGCUGGGUAGUUACUUGACCCAGCUGUUUAUUAAAAUCAUUAUUGAGGUGGCUUUCAUCGUUGGCCAGUAUUAUCUGUUUGGAUUUAUUAUGGAGCGCAAGUUCCACUGUAAGCAGUCGCCAUGUACGGUGGAGACAGAGUGUUUCAUUUCUAGACCCACAGAGAAAACCAUCUUCAUUAUCUUCAUGUUGGUGGUGGCAUGUGUGUCUCUGGCCUUAAAUGUUCUAGAAAUCUUCUAUUUGCUUUGUAAGAGGAUAAGUGGGAGAAAUAAGAAAUAUAGAAAUGUAACGUAUGCUGGUGAUUCCCAUUAUCCUUCACCUUUUUCAGCAGAACUUGAUUCGGCUCAUUCUAUGAGACACAAUGAGUUAAACAUGGCCUUUCAGAAAAGAUUGGCUCAAAGCAAAGGCAGCCAUGAUGAAGCAGAAUCUGAGCCAUAGGGCAAGAAGUCAUUGUGGUAACAUGAAAUGCACAUAACUUACAUAUUCAACUUUGUAUAUCCAACAGAGCUUAUGAAAAAAAAAAAGAAAAAAAAAAGUAUUUUUUGCUAAAAAGAACACUAGAUGGUGCUGUAAACUUCUUGAGAUGCACUCACUAACCCCUAACUUCUGUCACUACAAGGCCAUUUUUUUUUGUCUGAGUUUUUCCUUUUUAAUGUUUUUUUUAGCAAUGCAACACGAAAUAUGUAUAAACAACCUUUUAUUUUGUGCACUAAGAAUAAACAUUGUAAGAUAACUAAA